CACCGGUAGAGCAGACGGGGACAACAUGGCGGAGCGGCGGAGGCACAGGAAGCGGAUCCAGGAGGUUGGAGAGCCAUUUAAAGAGGAGAAGGCCGUUGCCAAAUACUUACGUUUCAACUGUCCAACAAAAUCUACCAACAUGAUGGGCCACCGAGUUGAUUAUUUUAUUGCCUCAAAAGCUGUGGAUUGCCUCUUGGAUUCUAAAUGGGCAAAGGCAAAGAAAGGAGAAGAAGCUUUAUUUACAACCCGGGAGUCUGUAGUUGAUUACUGCAACAGACUCCUGAAAAAACAGUUCUUUCAUCGAGCAUUAAAAGUGAUGAAAAUGAAGCCUGAUAAGGAUACAAAGAAAGAAAAGGAAAAAGGAAAGGCUGAGAGUGGGAAAGAAGAGGAGAAAAAGAGCAAGAAGGAAAGUGGUAAAGAUGAAAAAACUAAGAAGGAGAAAGAAAAAGAAAAGAAAAAGGAUGGUGAAAAAGAAGAGAGUAAGAAGGAUGAGACCCCAGGAACACCCAAAAAAAAGGAAACUAAGAGGAAAUUUAAGCUUGAGCCACAUGAAGACCAAGUUUUCUUGGAUGGAAAUGAGGUGUAUGUGUGGAUCUAUGACCCUGUUCACUUUAAAACAUUUGCCAUGGGACUUGUACUUGUGAUUGCUGUUAUAGCUGCCACUCUGUUUCCACUCUGGCCAGCAGAAAUGCGUGUUGGUGUCUAUUACCUCAGUGUAGGUGCAGGCUGUUUUGUAGCCAGUAUUCUUCUUCUUGCUGUUGCCCGCUGCAUUCUUUUCCUUAUUAUUUGGCUGAUCACUGGAGGAAGGCAUCACUUCUGGUUCUUGCCAAAUCUGACAGCAGAUGUGGGAUUCAUUGACUCCUUCAGGCCCCUGUACACACACGAAUACAAAGGACCAAAAGCAGACUUAAAGAAAGAGGAAAAAUCAGAAUCCAAAAAGCAGCCAAAAUAUGACAGUGAGGAGAAAUCAGACAGUGAGAAGAAGGAGGAGGAAGAUGGAAAAACAGAAGUAACAAGGAACUCGGGAACAGAAGGCUCAGGAGGAGAGCGACAUUCAGACACAGACAGUGACAGGCGUGAAGAUGACAGGUCCCAGCACAGUAGUGGAAAUGGAAACGACUUUGAAAUGAUCACAAAAGAGGAACUUGAGCAGCAAACAGAUGAAGAGGAUUGUGAAGAGGAAGAGGAGGAAGAUGCUGAAAGUAGGCCUUCACAUGAGAAAUCAUAACUCACUGUGCUUAUGGGACUAAGUAUGUACAAAUGGUUGGAUUUUCUUUGUUGGCUGAUCACCAAAACAUAGACCGUACAGUAGCAUCUUUGUUUGCUGAAAUACACAUGUUACCAAACAGUUUUAUAUCUAGUUCCUUCAAUUUUUUAACCAUUAACUUGAUUACUUGGUACUAUGUUAAUCAUUAAUAUACAUUUACAGAAGUUUUAUCAAUCUGACAAGUUUUCUAUUGAUUGAUAGAUUGCCCAGAUUGUCCUCAAACACACUGAAAACAGUUUUCUGGUACUUGCAUAACGGUUCAAUUAGUUUAGCUUCUCAAAAUUGCUUUUGUGAAACAGGUAAAAGUUGAAUGACCAAAUUUCAAGAUUAUUCCUAGUUGUAUUCAUUUGAUAGCUAGUUAGGUAAAAUACUACUUAGCCCACAGCUUUCUUGAUACUUUUCUUGCCUUUUGAAAAAAAUUGUGAAAUCUUUCCUAAGAAAACUAGUUUUAGCAGAGGUAUUUUCCUGAAAAUCUUAAAGCUGGUAGUGCUGCAUUUGGCUGCAGUAUUCUCUGUUUCUCCAAAUUGUGUGCCAGCAACUUAGGAAAUCCAAACUGUUUUUGUACAUCUGGUUCAAAGAAGAUGUCAUCUCCAGCAGGUAAAGGAUACAGCAUGGUUUGGAAAUUACAGCUGUCUUCUUUCUCCUGCACCAUCAUAAUACAAAAAAAAAUGUAUUCUGUACAUAAUUUACAAAUAAAGCAAACCAUUUACUUUAACUGCUACUUUAUUAUUUAGAAAUUUGAUCCAGCAAUCAGUUUGUAUAAUGAAAGCCAUUUUGUGGUGUAUCUAUCAGAGAAAUGCAAGUCAAGAGGACCUCACAGACUAUUUGUGUACGAUUGGUAGCUGUUUCCACAAAAGCUUUAGUUUUGUGCCAACAUUCCAUGUAUUUGAGUAUGAGUAAAUUGAUCCUUAUUAAAUGAAAGCAAACAUCAUAGCUGUAUGUAUGCCUUAAUGUUAAAACUUUCUAUAUUUUGGAACUGGAAUACUUUGAAAAGACAGGAGAAAAUUCAUCUGUUCAGAAAUAUAAGUAACAUAAAGCUAAUAUGGAAAGUGUCCGUUAAUAACCUGUUCAUAAAUAUCUUGAAGUAGUUUUUGUAGCUUCUGUUUAUGCAUCCCUUAUUUGCUGGAUGGUUGGAGGAUGCAUCAUGUUUUGGCCAGCUAAAUAUUUAGAAGUUGAGACCUGGCAUCAUCCCUGUAGAGCACUUAAACAGUAACUGUAGAUUUACCUGUCUCCUGAACCUGUUCAGAGGAAAAUAAGGGUAAGAUGGCAUUUUUAAUAACUGACUUCAGAGAUCUUUUUUCUUUCUUGAAUCGCUUCUCCUUGCAUAACAUCACUAGUAUUUUGGAUAAGCUGUUAAUUUCCCAGUUGCAAAUACGACUUAUUGUAAUGGUGCGUUGAUAAACAAUUCACAGAAAUGGUAGAAUUUGCUUAUUAAGUCUUCAAAAUGUUUACUACUUAAGGAAUAAGAUAAAAUGAAUCACUUUUCCAUUGGUAUAGCAAAAAAAAAAUCAAGCCAUUAUCUAAAUAGCUCAAGUUCUGGACUCUGAUAUUUACUUGAAUUACUGAUAACAUACAAGAAUCCUGAUAGUACCACUCUCAAUCUUAUUUAUCCAUCACAUGUGUUUCAGUCACUUAGGCAGCUAUUUUAAUAUAGUCUUAACACUUUGUUCAUACAGAAGCUUGUUACUUCUGUGCUUGUAUUUCACAUCUUCACUUUAGUGCUGGGAACAGAACUGCAAGAGUGUUCAGCUCUCAGGCUUUGUAAUUCUUUUACCUUUUGCUGAAGAGCUAGUGCUGCAGCUGAUGGGUAAUUCUUGCUUUUCACCAUGCGAGUGCAGAGUUAGAACCCCUUUUCCAUGCUGAGGACAUCCUUGCAGUUUAUUAGGGUAGACUCCCUGAUUCCAGUAAGAGCUUAAACAAGCAUGGCUGACGCUGUCUACCUAAAAGCCAUUUUCAAAUUGGAGCCUAGGAGAGCACUAUUUUGCAUACGUUGGUUCGUGGAAGCAGCAGAACAGUUGUACUGCUGCUGCUUUUGGAAAAAAAUUAUGCAGUCCUUCUCAAGUCUGAGCCACCCCUUCUAGAAGUGAAAUAACAUCUUAAAAGCCUUACUGAGAAAAUAAAGUUGAAAUGGUCAAACAAUAAAUAGUCCUGUUAGCAGUGCUGCUGUCUGCUUAAGUGACCUAUAUCUUGGAGAUAAACGUCUAAAUGGCAACAUUAAGAAUCAAAACUUGGUAAUGUUAAAGAGUCUCGAGGGUAGAUAUGUAUGGAAACUGAACUAGUCUUAAAUUCUUUCACUUGAUCUGUGAUAAAGCACCCUGAAUCAUCUGAAGAAGAUCUCGCCAGUACUGUUCUGUGAUUAAGGACUUUGCUACUCAUUAC